UGAAGAGUUCCUGGAUCCAUAUCUCCACUGGCAGACGUAUUUUUUUACCAGGUACACUUCUAGGCUGAUGUCAACUGGACACUGUAGAUGUGAUGGCUACGGGUGGUCGCGCUGAGUAGGGGCCAGGUUUUAUAUCCGAAGGGCCAACCUUGUAGUCGGGCAAGUUUGGUUCGGCAGCCGACCUCAACUCAAGCCUGGGCGCGCGAAAGUCUCAGCGUCGUCCACACUCCUUUCCUUUCUUUCCUUCAGCCUCUCGACCGUCCACACUCCAAUUCCGCCAUCUUGCCAGCACCUUAUGCAAGGCCCGAGCCUAUACGUGGAAGUGUGACUGCGAGCGACCCGUUACGAUACCCAGAGCGGCUGGCCUGCUGACCCGAGAUGGUGAAUGCCAAAUAUGUCGCCUUUACAGUCAACAAGCAGACUCCAUUCCUGCAGACACCGGAUCAAGCCUACGCAACCGUGAUCAACUGUCGGCGCCCCGGCGGGAAGCGUGCGGGGCUGGCGCAAGAGGUACGGUCUCACAAUGUGCCCUUGGCAAUGGUCGAAGGCAGUUUGAAGCGCAAGCGGGGCGACGAGGGCAGAAAGGACUCUGAGCAGGCGGCAAACCCUGCUGUCUACUCGGGAAACGAUGCGACGACUCCACUCGUUGCGGCACCGGCCCGCCAGCUGCUAAAUCAACAGUGGCAGCAGCGCAAGCCGACGAGAUUACGGAGGGGCAAGAUCUUGUCCAAAGGCGUCGACUUGGACUGUUGGUUCAUCAUACUUUCGUAUUCGGACCCUGCGCAGCUGCUGGAGAUGCGUAGCAAGAUUGCCUCAUGCUAUCGGUUUUUGCGGGAUAACCCCAUGCUCUGGAAGCAUAGCAGGGAUUACUACUACGGAAACGACAUGCCGGACCCACCUCCAGGUCUCACCGAGUUCCAGUUCGCCCAUCUGCGUCAUGGGCAUGGCUGUAUGGACUGCGGUGCGCCAAACACUCGCAAGACGUUCUGGGCCUUUCUGCGUCGCAUGUGCAAAGACUGUCUCAACAACCAGGUUGUCAAGGAAUACGAUGCAAUUGCCCAGCUGCGGGGCCUAAACGGCGAAGACGUUUCUUACAUCCGUGCUGCUCUGCCCAGUGGCAUCUUCGAUUCUUGGGGCAACUUUGUCGGCGUGGGGCCCGCGAGUACGCAUGCGUUGAAGACCAUCUACCUGCGGUCAGAUGUACAGAAGCUCGUUGCCGAGUUCCACAGGGAGUCAAGAGAGAAGACUCCCAACACAGAAGAGACUGCCGCAUGGUGGACUGAAUGGCUGGCUGCAAAGGCCAAGCAGGUAGAAGAGCGCCAGAUGUUUGCAAAGAAAAUGGAGCAAUGGGAAGAGAUGCAGCGAACAGCUAGGACCUCCGACUAUAACGCAAAGAAGUCACGGCGCAAGAACUUUUUCAAAGAAAAGGCGUUGCAACUGACUCCGCCCAUCAGCGUCAAAGAGCUAGAAGCCUGCCCGGCCUACAAGCGUGCCAUCACCAUUCCUAAAGAUCCCAAUAACACGUCCUGGGAUCUCCUCAAGCCCAAAAUCGUCAAGGAAGCAGCCGAGAACGCAGCCAAGAGGAAUAUGGAAGAGUCGCGACCACCAACAGCAUCCAACUCUGGCAUUUCCACACCUACCAGCAGCCUAGACGGUUACCCACACCCGCAUCCCUAUCUCGGUAUGAUCAUGGGUAUGCCUCCGCACAACGGCCAUCUGUAUUGAUCAUUUUCGUUUGUGCAUUUCACGUUUGGAUGAGUAAUACACGAGAGAGGUAAUGUUUCGGGUAAUGAUCGCAUUCAUGUCAUGGCAUUGGAGUUGUUAUUCAUUCUGGUUUCUUCACGCACACAAACUGAGUGAGCAUUUCCUUGCAAGGCGUUAAUCAAGACUUGGGAUUGCAUUGAAGGACAGCGGAUGGGAGGCGUUGACUGUGUUGGCUUCUUUUUCAUUACCGGUACGAACGCCUUGGAUAUUCGCAGUAAUUGAACUCAUGUUUUACUUGA